AUGCCGCAAAGGGAAAAACCGAAUCAGUCACAGACUGUCCCUCCGCCAGAUGCUCACCAGAUCGCUUCCUCUAACGAGACUCUCAAUACUUUUCUUGGUGGUCGCACUCGUUCAUGGAUGACCGGGGGGUCAUCCGCAGUCACCAACCCUAGGCCUGCUCCAGUAGCGCCCAGUAAUUCCCGGAAGCGGAACAAAAAGAGAAAGGCGUCUGACACGGCUCCCCUAACCCAGAACGAUAAUGACAUAGAACGCGACAACAUCCCUACUGAUCAAUCAUCAGAACAACUGACUGGUGCUAGAGAAACUGCGAGAGCCUCGACUGUCCUACCCUCGCCGGCGCUGACCGAUGUGCCGAGCCCGAAUGGCUCGAAUCAAGUUGACUGCACCAAUCUCGAUUCAAGCGUUCAUGCAAAGAGUGUAGGGCCCGGACGGCCAGUCUCUAAGAGUAACAUGAACCAAGGCGACUCGAUACACGUCGCGACCAACACCCACCAACCGAACCCAGUAGUCGCCAGCUCGACACAAGUUCGACAUUCUAUUCCUCAGCAUGCCCGUAUCGCAGAAGCAGCAACUUUGGCUACGGUGACCAACCCGGCUACAACUGGGCAAGCUCGCCAAACAGGAGACGUGCCGUCCAGGGUUAAUAGCACGCAGCACAACUCUUCAACAGGAAGUCCAAUAAUUCACUCAAGACCAUCCAGUACUAGCGAACACCGGGCCAAGCGCCCUCGUGUACAGGAAGAAUCAAGGCCAGAGUGUCAGGAAUGGCUCAACCAGGUCCAAAGUCGCAAAGCGGAGUCUGAACAGGCUAGGGAACUCAAUGAGGUCGAAGGGCCUAGAUACGAUAUUUUGAGCGAGGCAUGUCGGAAUGAUGAAUACUUCUACAUUGCUCUCCACCAGACUCUAUGCGCUUGGUCCUUGAACAGAGAACCUGUUCACCGUCUCUACAGAGGCUCAGCGGAGCCUGCAGUCAUUGAUGUUGCUUUCGAGAUAAUGCAAACCAUUUUGAGGAAAAAUGAGUCCAUGUCAAAGUCUCAUCUUCAGUGGUUCGCUAACUUUCCUCAUGAUACAAUAACAUCUCCUGUUGUUGGGCAGACUCCAUAUAGGGCUGGACAAAAUGCACAACAAGUCGUUCAGCCACCUCUUGCAGCAUCCGUUUCGUCUUCGGCUACUAACACAACAACCCCGCCUCUCUCCUUGCCUCAUUUUGAUGCCCUCGCUGCCAGGGUACCUACAGGUGGCUUUGGUGCAGCAAGUCCGACUUCUGUCAACGAGGCCUAUCAACAUAGUAGCAGAGGGUUUCAAAGCGUACGACGACAGAACCAGCUCCAUAUCCAGACGGCAAAUCCAGAAGCUCGGCCUCUCUCAGCGCCGGUCAACCAGUCUCCUUUUGAACAGCAGCUCUUGCGGAGGCCAUCAGGCGCUGGAUCACCAUUGUCGUCGCAAAAUCGUGCAUUGCCAUUGAAUGGCCAGAUUCGGACUCCCGUGCUGCCUUCGAAUAACGUGCUAUCACAAGGUCGUGCCAGCUCCUUUACUCUUCCACCUCAGGGGCUUGCCGCUGCCCACGAAGCAAACGCCAGCAAUUCGCCAGUACAUGUUUAUUCAGCAGGAAUGCCGCAAGUUAGAAGUCCAGCGCAGAUGAUGAAUCCCCAUUAUGCCCAGGCAAUGCAAUCUCCACAGUAUCCGCCAGUCUACACGCAACCAAACCCGCCGGGCCAUGCAUCUGUAUUGCAAAGCCACAACUAUGCGGCGCAACCAACAGUCCCUCGAACUCCGACAUUCCAAGGACCAGUGGCAAGCAAUCAAAUUCGGCAAAGGCCGCCAGUACAGCAAAUACCCGUAUCGGAUUAUCCCCGGGGCCCGUACGGGAAUGACUCGCUCCAAGUUGGUCUUCACCAGGUUGAAGUACGUAGCCCUCGACGCGUUCCAUCACAUCCUGGGAAAGGCCGAUUUUACCAAUUUGUCCGAUCGCUUGUAUAUGAACCUACCGCCUUGGAGCCCCAGACAGGUCUGCGGACCCUGUCUUUUACAGUGCCGGAGCGCCACAUUCAAGGCCUCUCCAAGAAAAUCGAGGGAAAUGGCCUUCCGUUCUGCUAUUAUUCUGAAGGGUCUUAUCGAUAUCGUUUGCGCAUAUGCUCACAGCCCGAGACGCAAGCGACACCCACCGAGUCUGACUGGGUGGUUGCUGCAACAUCCUGGCCAGGUCAUAUCUUCAUUGACCUGAACAUGCAACAUUUGGAACUGCGCCGUAAACAGCACUUCAACAAAGACCAGCCAGUGGAACUAACUGAUCAUUUGCACGAGGGCGAAAAUGUUCUCAAGAUCAGUUUUCCUGCCGUCGAUCAGAACACGAUACGAGGCUAUAAGUAUUUCAUGGCUAUCGAAAUAGUACAAACGAUUAGUCAUGGUGCUGUCCUUAAUUUGGUCCAGUCAUUGCGGCACAUGUCCAAGGAUAAGACAGAGGCCAAAAUACAGCGCCGCUUGCAACCAUCAGACUCUGAUGAUAUCAUCAUCGAGGAUGAGACUUUAACGAUCUCUUUGGCCGACCCAUUCAGCGCGACAAGAUUCUCAGAGCCCGUCAGAGGCAGCCAGUGCGAACAUCUUGAAUGUUUCGAUUUAGAGACGUGGCUCCAGACUCGACCUCCGAAACCGCCACAGAACGGAGGUGGUCCGCAGCAACAGGGCAGCGAACCUUCAAUGGUGGAUGUCUGGAAAUGCCCUAUAUGUUCGCUAGAUGCGCGUCCUACAAGUCUCUGGGUGGAUGAUUAUCUCGCAGGGGUUCGUCAGUCCUUGCUCAGCGGCGGUGAUAUGCGAACAAAAAGUAUCACGGUGGCUUCUGAUGGCAAAUGGGCUCCAGUUUUGGAUGUGGAUGACUCAGAUGAUGAAUCCACGCCUGUAUUACAGCACAGGAACGUGGUCAACGGUAAUGCUGGGAGGCAGUCAAGAACGUCAUCCAUGGCGGCGGCAGCAACCGUGAUUGAGAUCCUGGACGACGAUUAA